CUCUUCUCAGUUCUAUAGAAUCGCUGUUGCUGUUUCUGAUACCCUGUUUUCUUUGUACCUUCAAUGGCUUCCACUACCUCUGCCGCAUCAACUGCAACAAAAGAGAUAGAAAUAGAGUUUCCUAAUCUUAUCCGAGUCUACAAGGAUGGCACCGUGGAACGCCUCUUUGGGUCCCCAGUUGUUCCCCCCUCUCUCCAUGACUCCGACACCGGAGUUUCAUCCAAAGACAUCGUCAUCUCCGACCACCCUUCCGUCUCAGCUCGCCUUUACCUUCCUAAAUCCGCCCAAUCCGAGGCCAGAAAGAUUCCGAUCUUGGUCUACUUUCACGGCGGUGCAUUCUGCCUCGAAUCCGCCUUCUCCUUCCUCGAUCAGCGUUACCUCAACCUCAUAGCCUCCGAGGCUAAUGUCAUCGCCGUCUCCGUCGAGUACAGGCUCGCCCCAGAGCACCAUCUGCCGGCAGCCUUUGAAGAUUGCUGGGAAUCUCUCAAAUGGGUCUCUUCCCAUUCAACCCCCACCAACGCCGGCGAACCAUGGCUCCUUAAUCACGGCGAUUUCAACAGAAUUUACCUCGGCGGCGACAGCGCCGGCGGAACCAUCGUACACAACAUUGCUAUGCGAUGUGGGGCGGAGGAUUUGCCUGGCGGUGUGAAGUUAGUGGGUGCCUUUCUUUCGUGCCCAUACUUCUGGGGAUCGAAGCCCAUCGGAUCGGAACCGAAGGAAGGGCACGAACAGAGCCUGCCGCUUUUAAUGUGGAACUUUGUGUACCCAUCAGCACCGGGCGGGAUUGAUAACCCGGCGAUCAAUCCCACAGCGGAUGGGGCUCCUAGCUUGGCCAGCAUUGGAUGCUCGAAGCUGCUUGUUUAUGUUUGUGGCAAAGAUCAGCUUAGAGACAGAGGAGUUUUUUACUCCGAAUCUGUGAAGAAGAGUGGGCGGAAAGGCGAGGUGGAAUUGUUUGAAGUGGAAGGAGAGGAUCAUUGCUUCCACAUCUUCACUCCUGAAACUGAUAAUGCCAAGAAAGUUUUCAAUCGUUUCGCUUCCUUUCUCCUCUGACGCCAUCGAACUUCAAAGCUUGUUAUUGUCAGUAUCUUUUUACUUUUGGGGCCGUUGAAUAAUUAAUGAGCCGAAUCCCAAAUUAGUUAUGGAGGGAAUUUGGCAUUUGACUAGCUUGCUAGUUGCUAUUUGUGCAUGGCCUUCUUUUUUGUCUUUCCUAUGCAUGGGCGUGCGAUCAUACCUUUGUGGCUUUGUGUGGUUAAUUCCUUCUAUAAUGAUAUUUCUCUUUGACCUGGGUUA